UCAAACGAAGUAUGUGUUUUCCACAUAAUGACGUCUGUCUUCUUUUUUUCCUAUCCGUUUCCUUCUUCACAUUUCUCUAUCUAUAUAUAUACAAAACAUAUUUAUCCUCCUCAUUCUUAUAUUCAUCAAACUAAUAGAAAUGGCUGAUUUGGAUUUACAGAGGAGGAAGAUGCUAUCUCCCAACAAGCUCCACGUCACCAUUACAGAGCCGUCUAAGCUCUCCUCCGUGUCAUCUCCAAUCUCCUCCUCUUCCUCCGCCGCUUGCUCUGCUUACGAGCUUUACCUCCGUUUGCCUGAACUUAGAAGCCUCUGGUCCUCUCUUGACUACCCUCGCUGGAUCUCUGAGCCGGUUCUCAAACCAUCUCUUCAAGCUCUUGAGAUCACUUUCCGUUUAAUCCUCACCGUUGCUUCUGACACACGUCCUUACGUAAACCGCCGCGAGUGGAUCCGACGGUUGGAUUCGCUCUCCACGAGCCAGAUCAAACUCGUGGCGGCUAUCUGCGAGGAUGAUAACUACGACGACGACGGGAACGAGAACGUAUCAGCUGCUCCGGUCAGCAACGGCUGGAGCUCGUUGAGCUUGCUCUCUGAGAUCGCCACGUGUCGAACAUCGGAGAGCAUUGGACAGAAGAUCUUGUCUACGAUCGAGAAUGAGAUGCGUUGGUGUAAGUACACGCUCGGUUUAGGAGAACCAAACAUCACCGGAAAACCGUAUCUCCGGUACGACGCAGUUUGUCGCCCGGAGGAGUUACACAGCCUCAAGAACAAUCCUUACUCCGAUCACAUCGAGAACCAAGAGAAUCAAAUGCUCUACACUAUUCAUCAGAUUCUUGAAUCGUGGAUUUACGUUUCCGUGAAUCUUUUAAACCGAAUCGAGUCGAGGAUCGAAGAUGGAAACUUCGAAAAAGCUUCUUCCGACGUGUUCUUGCUAGAGAGAAUCUGGAAGCUUCUGGCAGAGAUCGAAGAUUUACACAUUCUGAUGGAUCCUGAAGAUUUCUUGAAGGUGAAGAAACAGUUAAAGAUCAAAUCCACGUCUCAAAACGACGCGUUUUGUUUCUGGUCAAAAGGGUUAGUGGAGAUGGCUAAGAUGUCCAAAGAGCUGAGACAGAAAGUGCCAGCUGUGCUUGAAGUUGAGGUGGAUCCCACCGGAGGUCCGAGGUUGCAAGAGGCGGCAAUGAAGCUUUACUCGAGGAAGACAGAGUACGAGAAGAUACAUUUGCUUCAGGGAAUGCAGGCGGUGGAGUCUGCAGCCAAGAGAUUCUUUUUCGGGUACCAGAAGUUGGUGGCGACGAUGAUGGGGAGUGCGGAGGCUAAUGCUAAUAGAACAGCGGCGAGUCAUGAGUCGUGUGAUUCGCUGACUCAAGUGUUUAUGGAGCCACCGUAUUACCCGAGUCUAGAUGCUGCAAAGACUUUUCUGGGAGAGUUCUGGAGCCAAUUGGGUUGCAAUGGAAGACACUGACACUACGAUUAACGAAUACUAUCUACAGAUGUAACAAUACAACCGAAAUUUUUGUAAGCAUGUAACGAUCAGUGUAUGAAUACAUAACUCAUUUUUUUU